AUGCAACAUGCAAAAGUAACGGAUAUUCAAGGGGAUUGCGAUGCUGUCUUCCAAUAUGUCAAAGAAUUGCAACCCAGUCAAUCUAAAGACGUGUCUUCUAUUAUUCCACCACCAGCUAACGUACGAGAAGACUUAAAUGUCGACCGUGAAGCCGAUCAAUCCAUAUAUAACGACGAGGUGAAAGUCAUUCUCCCUACUUUCGACUACAGGACAAUGAUGAAAGAGUAA